GUACGUAUAAAAGCCACACUCGUACUACGUGACAGGGUUUUAAUUUCGUUCCCCAAUGGAUAACACCCUCAUGCAGCGCCCUACUCUCGAGAAUGUACGGAUCCGGACUCCCCGUGAUGCUCUAGUGGUAUUCCAUGGGGUAGCACUGAAUAUCCUCCCCCUCAUCACGCGUCGGCUCGACAUCGAGGAACGGAGGGCGAUUGUGGCCGGCAACGUGUACGUCUGGGAGGAGCGUGGCGUCAAUACGGAGACGGUUGGGCUAGGCAUGGAACGGUGGACGGAUGGGAUGGGAUGGGGACCAAGUCGCGUUCGUGAUGAAUUCCUGUUCUACCACCAGAAGAAUCCGGAUGACGAUUGCGGGCCUAUUACUCAGUCUCCGCCAUGGGCACGGUUAACGAGAAGAAAUGGAGAGUCAUCCCAUUUUCCAGGAUAUUCUGUAUCAUCAACAUUCCGAACCUUGCCCGAAACCAGAAAUCUCAUCAAGCAAACGUACAGCGUUCACGUCACCCUCCCCAUAGAUCGAUCCAAAGGCAUUACACGGAAGUGGCACCUCACCGCCUAUUUCAGUCAGGAGACACUCGAAUCUCUCCAUACUGUAGAGUCUAUCCAAGGAAUUGGAGGUGUGCUACCGCCUGAAGGAUGGUUUCGAAGUGCAAGGACAACGAAAACAUCCCGUCGCGACAAUCAGAGUCCCAAAGCCUUGGCUUAUCCUCCCCCAUCACCUCACAGUCCGAUAUCUCGACCCUACGCUUCAACCAGUUCAAACCAACGGAAAGAAGCGCCCUCAUCGCACGCCCUCGGCACUCCGUCGUCGGAUUCGGAGAUCAGCAAUGAUGCAUCGUCACAAUCCAAUGGAACUCCGUCGCCUUCAUCACCCACUUAUCCUAAGAGGACGAUGCUCGUCCCCCUAGACCGCUUGCAAAGCGCAUCAGGUCCUCGUCGCGACCCAGCGGAUGAGCAGCUCCUGAAUCGAUUCUCGAAAAAGUGUUAGACGUUUAAGGCUCUAAUUGCACCACGGACAGAGUUCUCCCAUUUGUGUACGAAUAUAUCAACGUAGCGAAGCAAUCCCGGACUUUACUACUACAUUUUGGUCGUAGACAUCAUUAUCAUUGUACUAUACGUAUUAUCUACAUCCUGUCGUCGCUUUCGAAUUGCUCUUCAAUAACCUGGCACCUAUCGUACCAUGUCUAUUCGAAAAUGAACAGUACCCGUC